AUGUCUGAUUCGUCUUCAGAGGAUGAAAUUCAAAAUUUGAGAUCGGACAAAAAGUGUGAAGUUAGUGAUAAUCUUGAAAAUGGCGCAAUCAAACGAAUUGAUACGGGCGAUGGCGUUGAAAAUAAAACUUUCGAAAUGUUGGGCGUGCGUGAUGUGUUAUGUGAAGCGUGCACGCGACUCGGGUGGAAAUUCGCCACAAAAGUGCAGAGUGCAGCAUUGCCUCACGCAUUAGCUGGCAAAGAUAUUAUUGGUUUAGCAGAGACGGGUUCUGGCAAAACAGCUGCAUUUGCUUUGCCGAUUUUGCAAGCCCUUUUGGAAACACCACAAAAGCUUUUCGCUCUUAUUCUGACUCCAACAAGAGAAUUAGCAUUUCAAAUAGGCGAACAAUUCGAAGCUUUAGGCACUUCCAUUGGUCUUCUUGUAGGCUAG